AUGGCGGUGCUCAACGGCGCACUGUUCUUGCUCCUCUGCGCGGCUGCUCUGGCUGCUGCCUCCGCCGGCGACGGCCCGCUGCUGAACGGCAACUUCGAGCUUCAGCCGAGCAGGUGCCGGAUGAACGGCACGAGGGUGAUGAGCGCGCACGCGAUCCCGCACUGGACGGUCACCGGCUUCGUGGAGUACAUCGAGACCGGGGCGAAGCAGGGCGACAUGAUCCUGGUGGUGCCGGAGGGCAUGCACGCCGUGCGGCUGGGCACCGAGUCCUCCAUCCAGCAGGAGCUCAGCGUGACGCAGGGCAGCUAUUACUCCAUCACCUUCAGCGCGGCGCGCACCUGCGCCCAGAACGAGAAGCUGACCGUGUCCAUCGUCCCUGGCGACCCGCCCGGCGAGCUCCCCGUCCAGACCGUGUACACCACCAGCGGCUGGGACUCGUACGCCUGGGCCUUUAAGGCCGCGCAGGGCGUGGUGUCGUUCGUUAUCCACCAUGGCGACGACCAGGUCGACGACCCCGAGUGUGGCCCCAUCAUCGACGCCGUCGCCAUCAAAACACUCGACCCUCCUCAGGCCACCGGCGAUAACCUGCUGAAAAACGGGGACUUCGAGGAGGGGCCGUACAUCACCCCGGGCUCCCCGUGGGGGCUCCUCGUGCCGCCAAUGGACGAAGACGACGUGUCGCCGUUGCCGGGGUGGAUGGUCAUGUCCUACUCCAAGGUCGUCAAGUACAUCGACUCGGAGCACUUCUCGGUGCCGCAGGGCUCCCGCGCCGUCGAGCUGGUGGCCGGCCUGGAGGCCGCGCUGGUCCAGGAGGUGGACACCGUGCCCGGAAGCUCCUGCAGGUUGGAGUUCUCCGUCGGGGACGCGGCCGACCGGUGCGCGGCGUCGCCCAUGAGCGUGCAGGUGGCCACGGCCGGCGCGAAAAAAAGCGUGUCGUACAGUUCCGCGGGCACGGGCGGGAGCGCGCGCGACGUGCUCAACUUCACGGCGCAAGAUAGCCGCACGCGGGUGGUGUUCUACAGUGAGGGCUACCACAUGACGUCCGACGGCACCGGCACGCUCUGCGGCCCUGUCAUCGACGACGUCUCACUCGUCUGCAUCCCACAGACGAACGCUCGCCGGUUGCUUCGUUAA